AUGCUUGCGGGUAUCCUAUUCAGCAUAGGAUUGGCCUCUGCUCUGGACGAUUCUCAGGCUGACUUAUACGCACCUGUACAUGCAAAAUGCCCAGACGACUUGCGAGUGCGACCUGCUUCAGAGGGGUUAUCACGAUCAGAGUCCUCAUGGAAAGCAAGUCGCGGAGAGAAGGCCAUCCCGGCGCUUAGCAGCUACCUCACACUGGCCAACAUUGAUGGCUUCAACGUUCAGGAGUAUAUCCAGCGUCUGAACUCGACAAGCUACCCUGUAGUUGGCCUCGCCAUUUCGGGAGGUGGCACACAAUCCGGUGUAGGAGGCCUAGGUAUAUGGCAAGCUUUUGAUGCCCGCAACCCUGCGGCGGUACAAGCUCGUACGGGAGGACUCACACAGGUUCUCUCGUACCUCACCGGCCUCAGCGGCGGAGGUGCCCUCACUGUCAGCACACUUGCUUCGAACGACUUCGUCACCGUCACGGAUCUCAGGAAACAGAUCAACUUCGCGACCGACUAUACCAAAGGCAAAGACGGAAAUCAGGACCAGUAUCUCCAGACUAUCUUCGAUGACGUUGCCUCAAAGGCCGAGCAGGGCCUCCCCGUAUCCGUCGCCGAUGUUUUUGGAUUCUUCUGGGCCACCUACCUUCCAGAGAAGAAGACUUACAACAAUUUCUCGGACCUCGCCGCUCAGGGAACUGUCUUCUCCCGCGGCGAGGGUCCGAUGCCAAUCAUCAGCCUCUCCGAGGUCAUUCCCGGCCAGUCGCCCAACAUUAACAAUAUUAUGUGGCCUGGCCGCACCGAUACCAACGGUUUCAAUCUGACAUCGUAUGAGGUCACGCCUUUUGAGUUUGGCAGUUGGCGCGGUGGCAGGGUGCAGGCUUUCAUGCCGACAACCUACCUCGGCACGUCAAUGUCUAACGGCACAUCUCAAAAUAACAGCGAGUGCGUACGAGGCUUUGACAAGUUCACUUUCAUUCAAGGUUCCACGGCAGAUGCCUUCAAUGCAUGGUUCAUCGAUGAAUGGUACAACAUCCCGGUGUUUGCGAAGCGGAAGCUGGAGGAUAGGCAAACGCCGUCAGCGAAUAUCACGGUUCCCCCCGAAUUUGAGAAAGAUGGGCGGGUUCAACUCGUCAGUGGCGUCGCCGAUGAAUUCAGGCAAACUUUCAAUGAGUCUCUGUGGGCUAGGUAUCCCAAUCCCUUUCAGAACUUUAACCCAGCCAUGAAGAAUGUGGAUGAGCUUCUCCUGAUCGACGGAAGUCUCUCGGGUGAAACCAACCCCAUACGACCCCUUAUCAUUCCUGAGCGUCAAGUCGACCUCGUCAUCGUCUACGAGGCCUCUUCGGAUGCUGCGAACAACUGGGUCAAUGGCACCAACCUGAUCAACUCCGCUCAAUCGGCGGCUCAAGGGAACAUUCCAUUCCCUCGCAUACCCGAUGUCGCGACCCUCGUGACGCAGAACAUGACCAAGCAGCCUACAUUCUUCGGUUGCAAAGACGCCGCACCCACGCCGCUAGUUCUAUACCUACCCAACUCGCCUUGGUCGGGCUACAUCAACUUCACCUACACCAAGUCCUCUUUUACCGACAAUGAGUUUGACCUUACCGCUGACAACGCCUUCCAACUCGCCACCUACGGUAAUGGUACGGUUGACGCUGCAUGGCCUGCCUGCCUCGCGUGCGCCACCAUCCGUGGCAGCCUCCUGCGGCUUGGGCUUCAACUGCCCCAGCAGUGCCAACAGUGCUUUGAGAAACACUGCUGGAACGGUGUGACGGCGACGAGAGCUGUGACGCCCGAUGACUUUAAUCCGAGUUUGAGGUUGAACUCAAGCUUCUCGUAUCGUGAGUGGGAUGAGACCUACUGGAAGAGCGCGACGAAUAGGGGCGGUGGCAGUGGAGGAGCCACACCUCCGGGGGAUCCCAACCCGAAUGGGGCGUCUAGAACGUUGGAAAUGGGAAUGGUAGGGUUUACUUUCGCCGUGGCGUCAAUUACCGCCUUAAUCUCUUUGUUAUAA